AUUCGUUGUUUUAUGUGAUUUAUGUGCGACUUUUGACGGAAAGUUUUCUCUGGGUGAAAAUAUAGUUUUUCUGCUAAUCCCACAAACAGAAGAGAGUGUAAAUCACAUAAAUUGUUGUCCAGGAGAUGUAGAGGAGUUGUGAAGAGGAAGGCAGCAAUGGAAAUACCCAUUCAAGUGGCUGUACGCGUCUUCCCCAAUAACUACAGCAGCCAGACGAGCGUGGUGCAAAUUUCGCAGAUAAAUCAACCUGCGGUGGUAGAGGAGAAUGGAAACUUCCGGGAAAUGCUCACAUCGGGGUUGGUGCAGGUGGCGGGACACACAUUCCCCGUGGCGCACGCCUUGCCGCUAAAUUGCAGUCAGGAGGAUGUUUUCCGUCGUACAAUGCUGCCAUUGAUUGGGAUUCUACUUGAAGGCUAUGACACAAGCGUCGUAUCCUACGGACAAGUUGGAACGGGGAAGACGUACACGCUCUUUGGACCAGGCUUGGAUUGUGUGCACAGCGAAACGGAACAAGGGAUUGUUCAGCGAUCCAUCCGGGAGAUUUUCACGCAACUUUCGGCACUUCGUGAUAGGAGUUUUAUGGUGAAUGUUGGUUGGGUGGAGAUUUGCGGUGAGGAUAUAAUUAAGGAUCUCCUGGAUGCGGGAAAUGUGCCAUGUAGGAGUGUUGGGGAGGCAUUUGAGUGGCUGAAACGGGGACUUGGACACAAAUCCGGCAGAAGUUCUCACAGCAUCUUUACGGUCACAUUGGAACAGCAAUGGGUAUCACCGGAAGGACUCAUUCAGCAUCGACUCUCAACUGCGAGUUUCUGCGAUCUCUGCGGCACAGAUAGGAUGUACGUGCUGAAUAGCAUGAAUCAGCAUUUGAGCAUCCCAAAGGAUCUUCGGCUGCAAACUCUGGAGGAUAUUGUGACAUCCCUAACGGAUCCAAGUGUUGUUCUCUACAAUAACAAUGUGCCAUAUCAUCGGACAAAUUUGACGACUCUUCUGAAAGAUUCCUUCGGUGGGAGAGCUCAGACGCUGCUUCUGCUCACUAUCUCCGCCCAUGAGGAGCACACCAACGAAACAAUACAAAAUCUUCAAUUUGCCUUCAAGGCACAGUGUGUUCGGAAUUACGUUGUAAUGAAUACCUUUUCGGAUAAUAACACCCCAUUUACUGUGGGCGGUGUGCAGGAAAAUCUGACGGAUCAUGUGGAUACAUUUGGGUUACAAUUUGCAGCUUCGCAGUGGUUUAAGUUGGUCUCCAAUGCAGAGGGUUUGCUCAAUAAACUCGUGGCUAAUUCGAGUUUGUCGCAGCAGGAAAGAGAGCAAAUUGAGGAGUGGCUAUUCCUAAAAGCAGAAUGUGAGGAAUGCCUCAGUUCUGGAGAGCUAAACAUGAACAACCAGAGACUUCUGGGACCUAUUCAAGAGACUGAUGAACCAGAGGAAACGAGUGAUCAAGAGGAGGCGUCAUACCAGCACAACACAGACAGUGAUUCCGAAUCCCAUCGUCCUGAUCUCGAGGAGAAAAUUGACAAUCUCAUGGGAGAUUUCAAAGUGAAGACUGAUGCUCUUGUGAAGGAGUGCUACCAGGAAUUUCUUCGCUCACACCCAAAAGCUGUCUUUGAUAGUGCUGACACAUUCCCAGAUGCAAUGCGCAAUGAUUCCCCACUGGAGCGUCAUGGAAGGCGAAAAUCCAUUCAACCAGGUCACAGCCUAAGUAGCAUUGAAAUAGCAAUGUUAAAUCGUGUUGCAAGUCGUGAGCAAAUGGUUCCAAAGGAUGAUGUUCAAGUCGAUCUACCCCCAAGGAAUACACAGAGGGAUAUCCUGGUGAAGAAAGUCCAGAAAGUAGAGACAGAUUUGGAAGCAACACGGCGACAGAUGAAGGAGCUGGAGCAAACAAUCUCAUUGACUGAAGAAUUAAUUGAAGAUCUGAAGAAAAAUAAUGAAACCCGUACAAUGGCGAAGCAGAGAUUCAACAAGGAAAAAACCAAGUUGGAAACAAAGUAUGAAAAGGCGAAGAAGCAACUAUCAAAGGCAGUUGCAAAUGGGAAGGAUCGGACAGAAAUUGAAAGGCUGAGUGCCAGAACGGGACAUUUGGAGAAGCGUUUGCAGGAUUUGGUGUCUAUUAAACAAAUUGCGGGAGAGAGUAAGCAGAGAGUGAAGAAGUUAGAGCAAUCGCUUAAGGUAUCUCUGAAGCAGUUGGAGGCGCUUCAAAAGGAAGUAAAGAAUCACAGGAAGACAAAAGAAACCCUUGAGGGUGAGCUGAAGGAGAUGGAUUCAAAGAAUCCAUCGGAAGUAACUGCUAUAGUUCACAGUGAUGGACAAAUUGAGGAGAAGAGCAACAAUCUUCGUGCUGUGACGGCCAGAAUAAGCCAUCUAAAUCAUAUUUUGCAGGAAAAGUCGGAGACAUUGGAAAAAUUCGGCACCGGUGUGGAAAAUAAUCCCCUGAGGCAUGAAAUAAGGAAUUUGAGGAGAACACGGGAUCAUUUGUUGGAGCAAAGGAUGAGCUUAGAUAAAAAGCUGAAAAAAGAUAAAAUUCUAACGUACACGGAAGAAAGGAAACUUCUUACGUACGAUGAGGCAAUAGAAGCCAUUGAUACGACAAUUGAACUGAAGAAUGAACUAAUCUGUGGCAGGAAGAGUGUAGACAUGACAGAACGUAUGGAUAGGGAGAAAGGAGAGCAACUUCUAAUGGCACGACUGAAUAAAUUGUCCGAAGAUGAAAUGCGAACACUUCUCUAUAAAUACUUCCUGAAAGUUAUUGAUCUCCGUGAGUCAUCGAGAAAGUUGGAAGUGCAGCUGGUGACUCUCGAAAAGGAACGCGACGCAUGGGAAUGGCGUGAACGUGUUCUCAUCAAUGCUGUCCGUCAGGCAAGACUUGAGGGUGAGAAGCACGCUGUUUUGCUGCAGCGACAGCAUGAAUCGAAGCUCACAUUGAUGCUACGUCAUCUUAAUGAGACAAGCACCAAUUCAACCCUAACGGAUCACUUCCCAUCGCACUACUACGAUCCAGAUGGGCAUCAUCUGAAGAAUGCACUACCACUCAAGGCAAAAGACAUGGAUCUAUGUCCACUGCCCAAUGAUGGGCAGCUCAGCAAGUACAAGCCACUUGAUAAGUUGAAGGAGAAGGAACGUGAGAGUAAGAAUAAACUCCUGGCCAAGUUUCAAGUCCUUACCCGCUAUCAUGGGAAGACAUCACAGGAGUCUCCAAUUCCCACCCAAAAUCUCAAGCAACUCCAAUCUCCAACGGUUCCUGCUACAAAAGUUACGCGGGAGAAAAAUAAACUCAUCAUACAGCAGGACAAUGCUCGACGACAGUGAAUCUUUGUUGUGAUAUCCUGUGCUACAUCCUUUUGAUUCUCUCUUAGCUGACAAUCAUUUUUAUUGUACCUAUAUUCCACUUAAUAUGGUGUGAUUUUUUUCCAACUAAUGUGAAUUGAGGAAUCAUGAAACCAACUCUCUUAAACUCCCAAAAUCCCAAGGAUUCGUUUUGAAGUUUUGUGACGUUCUUGAAAGGAAUAAUUAAAGGAACAUAAAGGAGGACUUGGAAGUAGUGGUUGCCUCAUUCCUUAGUGGAAGUAUUACUUAAUCCUUUUUCUGAAUAUUUUUUCUUGAUAAAGAAUUUAAUAAACUUUGCUCAAAUAUAUUAAA